AUGGUGUCCUACUAUAAUCACUUCGCGAUGUACCCGAAGAACCACAGCGGCAAUCUGUCGUACUCGGCCACAACCGGUUGGUAUCCGGGCAAUUACCAGCACCAGCCACCACAUCCGCAGUUCAUCGGCGACGGCGAAUCGUCCCCGCAGCCCAUGUACUAUGCCCAUCCGCACGUGUUCCACCCGCAGUCCAGUCCGGACUGGAGCGGCCACGAAAACUUCUCGACGCCACCCCAAACGACCCUGUUGUCCCACGGGCCCAGCCCGGGCGGUGGGGCCGGUGGCGGCGGUGGAGGUGGAGGCGCCGGUUCCGGUGUUGGCCUCCACCUGGGGCAGUCGGCAAACCAUCUGCACCACCAUCAUCACCUUCAUCACAGUAGCAGCAGCAGCAACAACAACAAUGCGAACGGCGGCAACAGCCACGGGCACGACCACCUGGCCGACGGGUUGCACAGCAUACCGUCGCCCCCGAUCACGGUGUCCGGCAGCGACAUGUCCAGCCCGGGCGCGCCGACGGGAUCGGCGUCGCCACAGAUCACCCCGCGGCCAACGCCGGUCAAGAGCCCGUACGAGUGGAUGAAGAAGCAGUCCUACCAGAGCCAGCCAAAUCCAGGACUUCUCAACAUCUGCUCGGCCCCGUCACUGCAAGACUUCGCUCCCGUGGAGCCCGGUGGAAAGUGGAAAACACGGACGAAGGACAAGUACCGGGUGGUGUACACGGACCAGCAGCGGCUCGAGCUCGAGAAGGAGUUCCACUACACGCGCUACAUCACGAUCCGCCGCAAGGCGGAGCUGGCCCAAAAUCUACAGCUCUCGGAGCGCCAGGUGAAGAUCUGGUUCCAGAACCGGCGCGCCAAGGACCGCAAGCAGAAGAAGAAGGCGGAAAACGGCAGCAUCGGUGGGCUCGGGGGACCGCAGUCGCUGGUGGUGGGCCACUCGCAGGCGGCCCAGAACCACGCGGCCCACAGUCUGCUGGUGGACACGAAGCCGAAGCUCGAACCGUCGCUGCACCUCUCGCAUCUGCACCAGAUGAGCGCGAUGAGCAUGAGCAUGGGCUCGAUGGGCCUGCACCAUCCGGCCCACCACCCGGCCCUGCACCCGCACCACCACCUGGGCGUACCGGGCUCGCAGCACCUCAACUCGCAGUCCGCCGGUGGCCAGGUUCCGGUGCCGACAUCGCUCAGCAUAAUGUGAUGCGGCUAAUGAGUGCCGAGGCC